AUUUUGACAUUGUAAACAGAAAUUUUCAAAAUCACAUCAUAAAAUCAAAGCAAAUAAUCACCAAAAAGUCACAAACGCGGUUGUUGAAAAUUUUGUUAUUUUUUCCAAACAAGGGAACAACUCAACGUGCGUUUACUCUUUCUAGUUUUUGGUUUUUUUUCUCACAAUAAAACCAAAACAAAAAAAAAUGAAAAAAUGACAAAAUAAAAAACCAAUCCAACCCAACAUUCUUGUACACUUUUUAAUUCGUGGGUUGUUGUUCUUUUUUCUUGUUUCAUCUUCAAAUUGAUAAAAAUCAUACCUUGAAAUUCAUUUUUAUUUUUGUGUUCUUGAGAAAGAUGUGUCCUUUAAGGUUUAUAUUAGUGUUUUUCUCAGCUGUUCUUGCUGGUUACUUUGCAUGGAGAACAGUUAAUUCAUCACCAAAGAUUGAAUUGGUUUCUGAUGAUUCAGUUGAGGAUGAAAAAUCCUCUUUCAAGAAGGAAAAUUUUGAUUUCAAAAAGAUGAUUCAAAAUGGAUUUUGGGUUUUCGUUGACAUGGCUAGUGGAAGGUAUCUAUGGAGAAAUUUGAGGCAAACAAACAAAGAUGAAGAAUUAAAGAGCUCUUAGAAUUAGGGAAACUAUGAUUGUGUUUUGGAAUCAUGUAAACUCUUGUAUUCCCACUUUUAUAUUCUUCCUUGUUUGUGGGUUCAAGAAUGUUUGGUAAUAGAUAAAUGGAGUGAAAGAAAUCGUUUGGUAUAAUUCUAAUCAUUCUGCAUUUUGUUCAUGUUUGUGUUUCCAAAA